AUGUUGAGGUCAUCCACCGCCAAAGUCUGGCUCGAGAAGUGUACAGACCCACCCGGCUCCAAAACCAAAGGCCCCCCCACCAGAGGCAGCAAAUACAAAAAGACUGCCAUCUACUUACCCUCCAAGUCAACCCAACGUUCCUCUCCAUCUACCCAUCCAAAACCCAUAACCUUCAAGACCAACGAAGCAUUCGUCGAAUCCUCCCCGGAGACCUACUACCGUAUCAAACUCUCAAUUCCAAGACAUCUCAAAUCCUACUGCGUCCAAAUCAUCAUCGAUGGAGUAGAACAAAACACCUACGUCGAGACUUCACGAUACUUCCGUACCGUCAAGUACCCCAUCUCGGCGAGAAGGACUAGAAAAUACACAUACCGUCAUUUCCAAUUUUCAAAGCUUUCGGUGAAAGACUCCGCCCCCGGUGUUGGGGAUUACGUAUUCAAUGAUUCGCAACAUUGUGAAAAUGGAUAUAUGGGUUGUUUUAAAGCCUCCGGGGAUAUAAAGUUGAUCGAUUAUAUGGUUGGGAAAAAGGCCGUGGGGACUAUUAGGGUCAACUUUUAUAAAAUCAAGAAAUGUAGGAAGAUGACUCCUGAUGAAAAUAAAAAGGUGGAUGGGAGGGACGAUGGGGAUGGGGAAUGGGUUCCUUGUCAGGCUGUGGAUAAUAUUGGGGCUUUGAAGCUGGGAGCUGGGGUGGAGAAUGUUACUACACUUGGACCUGAAGUCAGAGGUACUGAACCUGGUGUGUGGUAUCAUGUACAACUUGGUACCUGGCAUCCCUUCGAGACAUUUGUUUUCAAGUACCGCCCGCACAGCGUUCUCAAAGAAAACAACCUUCUAGUUGUGAAACCCACUCGCUUCCAAAAGUUUACGAAGUUCAUCAAAAAGAUCUUUUCAUUUUCGAAAAAGUCAAAGAAAUCGAAUGAGUUGGAAGGGUCGGAUGAAAAGUUCAAUGAAAAAGUUAUAUCAAUUUAA